AAAAGAGAAACCAUGGCAUUUUGUCUUUCAGGGUGGCUCAACUGAUUUCUCGUGCAAGAUAUACUUUGCUGAACAAUUUGACAUGCUUCGCAAAAGCUGUGGCUGUGAUGAGAUAUUCAUAUCAUCUCUAGCCCGGUGUACACCAUGGGAUACGGCUGGUGGUAAAUCAGGAUCCAUUUUUUUGAAAACAAAAGAUGAGCGUUUCCUUAUAAAACAGAUUUCAAAAUAUGAAAUGGAUGCCUUCCUGGGUUCUGCAAACAAAUACUUUCUAUAUAUGUUUAAUGAAGUAUUUGAUAAAGGGAUACCAACAGUACUGUGUAAAAUUUUUGGCCUUUACCGUAUAGGCUUCUAUAAUAAUGUUACAGGCAAAUCUCUUAAGAUGGAUAUCUUGGUUAUGGAAAAUCUAUUCUAUGAUAAAUCCGUGAAGCAGGUAUUUGAUCUCAAAGGGUCAAUGAGAAAUCGAUAUGCAGAAAAGACAGGAAGAGAUGUAGAGGUCUUUCUAGACGAGAACUUGGUGGAAAUCAUCAGUAAAACCCCGUUAUACAUGCGCGUAGACACGAAAUGCAAUCUUUCGGAUUCAUUGUACAAUGAUACCCAAUUUCUUAUGUCGCUGGAUGUAAUGGAUUAUUCUCUUCUUGUUGGUUUUAAUGAAGAGAAAGACGAAAUUAUUGUUGGCAUAGUCGAUUUCAUUCGUACGUUCACAUGGGAUAAAAAGCUAGAGAGCUGGGUCAAAGAAUCUGGCAUGCUUGGAGGUGGAAGAAAAGACCCCACUAUAGUCUCCCCAAGAAUGUACAGGCGUCGCUUUAGAUCUGCUAUUGAUCUAUAUUUUUGUAUGAUACCUGAUUUUUGGACUCAUAUCCUAGAAUAGGAGGUUAUGCGACAAAUAUUUGUCAUUUUUGUUAUGUUCAAGCGUCUGAAUAUUAAUCCCCGUUGAUAGACACUACGAAGUAUAAAAGCAAACAUGCAAAAGGAUUAUGCGAAGUAAACUUAUCAGAAACUAAAUAUUUAAAAUUGUGAAUAUUACGCCCUUUUUCCAUAGCUACAUGUUCCACGGAAUAAAUCCUCGGUAAUAUUCAGAACUCCUUUGUUUUCAAAGAAACAUAUGCAUUCGGCAUGAAUAGUAUGCCAUUCACAUGAUUUUUCUGUUGAGGGGUGUUGGAAUUUUGCCAUUAAAGUAAAGUCUUUGAAGAUAACGAUAGAUAAGAUUGUCCGUUAGUUUUCGUCACACAAUGCCUUGCCACAGCUUUUUGCAGUUAGCAGUCAGAAAAUGUGGAAAUGAUGGCAGCUGUUUAUCAAUAAUCCUUUAAAUGAGGUUUGAUGGAGAAUAGAAAGGAAAUGAUGGAAAUCAUACACUU